AUGGCCAGGCUUUCCUUCACUCACUACUUUCUACUCGUCCUCUUUGUUUUCUCCUCAGUUGAGAAUAUGGUACCAAAGGCAGAUGCAGGAAGGUGUACUGCAGUGUUGAAUCCGGUCAGCUGCGACCUCAACGGAUGCAGGAAGCAAUGCUAUCAAGAGUACGACGGCAAUGGGAUAUGCAUUCAAAAAGCUGGAGGGGGCUACUUCUGCCAGUGCGUCUACAACUGCUAA